AUGCAAUCACCAUGCCCUGGUCCAUAUCGCCCAAGGAUAAAAACGCCAUCACUUGAGGCUUUUAUGCUUUGCAACGGUGUUUUGAUUCAUCCUCAAUAUAUAUUGACUACGUCUGAGUGCGUGUCCCUUCAUGCUGGACAAUCAAGCGUGUACAUUGGUGAUGAUGAAUGGACACCGGAAGUGGAGGUUGUCAGCGUGGUUACCCAUCCUGAUGCGGUGAUGCUCUUUCAGGAAAUUGGAUUUUAUGAGAAACACCUCGACAUCGCAUUGGCCAAGCUUGAAUACCCAGUCAGGAAAUCAGUGCUCCCCUUGCUCUCUGGCACCAGCAUCAGAGGAGGUGAUAGCCUGACAGUCAUCAGUGUCGACUGGGGUGCCCGCCUGUCACAUUUCUCUGGCACACGCGUCAGUUGCAGGAAUUACGUUCAUGGAUGGGAACCAACAAUGGAGUGGCAGUUGCAGUGCUUUGUCACUGAAGGGAAUGUAUCACUGGGCGGAGUUGUUUCAGGUUUUCCAGUUCUCAUUGCUCACAACGGCAUGAAUGGUGUGGAAGAUGGAAAGCCAUGGAAUGACGUCGUUGCUGGAAUAGGCUACUCCUGGCAACUUCAAGAAGGAAAAUGUGUGAAAGCUGACAGAUGUCAACGUGUGUAUGUGUCCUUAUCAAUUCAAUACUACAGGCGAUGGAUUCAACGCAAGCUGGAAAAGGACUCCUCUGCUGCAGGACAGGAUGGUUUACUGUUUCCACUCAGUGCCAGUCUGGCAUUAACUACUGUAUCUGUGGCGGUUGCUUACUGGCUGUUAUCUGCUGGAAGACAUAGAAGAAAAGUAAGGGUGAGGGUGUCCGCUGCUCAGUUGGAGGCUCACCUGAGUGGCCUGCGAUACAACCAGAAGAUGAUACGCUUCCUAGAAGAGCAAUUGCAGAAAGUGGGUGGCUUGGAGAGACCAGAAGCUGCAUCAUCCAAAGACUGGACAUCGUUUUGCCAUCAUCGUGAAAAAGCAGGCAGACUCGUGGAUAAGCACAGAAAGCAGUUUGACAUGAAGAAGUUUUACAGGAGCAAAGAUGUUAAGCGCAGCGUGGAGAGGUUGUGCUCUGUCUGGAAAGAGUUGAUUUUGGAAUGGCAAUUACCUGUGGUCAUAGAUGAAACAGUACCUGAUCCCAUUUUUUCCGAGGACCGAGAGUACUUGUACAUGGUCCUUGCAUAUGUGCUCAAAGGCAGGCAGUUGGAUUUCCGAGAUGCUAGGCUACUGGAAGAGUGGGAGAUUGUCAAACAGGAGCAUGAGGUAGAACUCCAAAGGAUGCAGCUGAUUGAAGAGGCCGAGCUCAAGUUGGGAGAGAGAAUUGGACGUGGUGGUGGUGGAGAUGUGUACAGAGCUCAGUGGAACGGAGGUCGAGUGGCAGUCAAGCAGCAGAUGAGACCCACAAGUGCGGAGUUGGGACUUGAGGACUUUGCAGAUUUCUGGAAAGAGAUAUCCAUUCAGGCUUCGCUGAAUGACCCCCACGUCACUCCCAUGUAUGCGGCCACCAGGUCAGGCUGGCUGGUCAUGGAACUGGCAGAUGGCAAUUUGAUGAAGUUGUGCAAGCGGCACAGGGGGCAGUGGCCAUGGUCCACAAAACUCAAGCUUGCAAAACAGGCUGCAGCGGCACUGCGGUAUCUGCACAGCAGAACCCCUCCUGCAAACCACCGCGAUGUGAAGAGCCAGAACUUCCUCGUUUUUGGCGGAGAUCCCAAAGACUGCAUAUUGAAGAUUGCCGAUUUUGGGCUCACAGACUUUGUUAGGCACACGCGCAGCUCCUUGACCACGACGCAGCCAGGAGGGACACUUGAAUGGCAAGCUCCAGAGCCCUGCAACGACUUGCCCAUCACCUUGGCCUCUGACAUCUUCAGUCUCGGAGUGGUGAUGUUCGAGAUAGUCACAGGGUGCCACCCUUACGCUACUGAGGCAGGUGACUAUAGCACACCGUUUGCGGUCAUGAAAAUGAAACUGGGAGAAAGAGAUCCUUGUCCUAGCUCGCCAAGGGACUGCCCUUCGGCGAUGCUGGCAUUGAUGAGAAGGUGCAUUGCUGUGAACACUAAGAGCAGGCCUGACAGCAGGGCUCUGUGCAGUGCACUUGACGAAUUGCCAGAUGAUUGGGUUUAUGAAUGCUAG